AGUGUAAGAGUGAGUGAAGUAGGCGUUGAGUGAAAGACAAACAGUUAUUAAUUGUAUUGAAAAUUAAGACAUAUUUUGGACAAUAAAGACGCGAAACGAUAGGAAAGGAGUGAAAAGAUAGGAAAGAUGUUUCUCGAGAGUGUGUUUAACGCAGACAAUGGAUAUCUGGAGGCAUUGGUGCGCGGCUUCAAGUGUGGUAUCUUAAGACAGACUGAUUAUCUCAAUUUGGUUCAAUGCGAGUCACUCGAAGACCUGAAACUACACCUGCAGUCCACCGAUUACGGCAACUUCUUGGCCAAUGAGGUCUCGCCCAUCAAUGUCUCCACCAUUGACGACAAGUUGAGGGAGAAAUUGGUGAUUGAGUUCCAACACAUCCGCAAUCACGCGGUCGAACCGUUGGCCACAUUCUUGGAUUACAUCCAAUACUCUUAUAUGAUCGACAAUAUCAUACUUCUGAUCACCGGUACUUUACACCAGAGACCGUUAUCAGAGCUGAUCCCGAAGUGUCACCCCUUGGGUUCGUUUGAUCAGAUGGAGGCGAUUCACGUGGCGGCCACUCCGGCCGAUCUGUACAACGCUGUUCUGGUGGACACACCUCUGGCGCCCUUCUUCGUCGACUGCAUCGGUGAACAGGAUUUGGACGAAAUGAAUUUCCCAUCCACGGCGACGACAUUCCCACCCCUGAUCAUGACAAUCUAA